AUGGGUAGCAAAAGUCGCUACCUAGCGCGACGAAAGGCACGGUCCAAGCCGAAAUUCCGGGGCAAUAAGGGGCGAAAGAAGUCGCAAAGAAAGUCUCAUUUGGAAAACAAGGAAGAGACCGAUUCGUCAGUUCCAAUCCAAACCCAGACUGUCCAAAACAUCGUCGAAAAUACUCCUGAAAACGUUCCCCGACCUCCUCGUCCGGUAACUUCUCAUCCAAGAAAAAUUCAAACGCGGAGUCAAACUAUCGCUCAAAAUGAGCAAUCGCAGCUGGAGGAAGACACGAAAUCCGCGGCUUCUGAUGAGAAUUCGGAUACGAUUGGAGAAACGCUGGAGUCGACCAAUGAGCAGCGGGCUCAAUCAGUGAGCAACCAAGUGCUUUUAUCGGAAGAAGAAGAAGAAGCCCAAAAAAAUGCUCCAUUAUUAGUGAUUUCCCCUAACGAUGACGUUCCAAGAGAAGAAAUUUGCGACGCGGGAUCCGAGGAAGCUGUGAUUAAAAGAAAGCCGCGAACUGUUCGAGCGAAGAGAUGUAACGUUAGGGAUGAUGUGAUGCGAGAUUCGUCGGCAGACUCGAUUCACGACUAUUACCAACACUCGGACUCGUCGCAGGAGAACUUGAUAAAAAGCAAAGCGAGGAAAUUCAACGAAAAGUCGAAUAGGUCCUUUGAUAGACGAAACCAUUCGUCAUCGAAAAAUCUCACUUUUGAUGACCUUUUCAACGAUCCGAUCGUUCCAAACUCGACUUUUCCAAGCGCAAAAAAGAAGCCUUUAUCGACGAAGAAUGGAGUGGUCGAUUUGACGAAAUCGAAGAAACCGAGGAAAUCAGAACAGUGGUCGCCUGUGCCGCUCGCGCAAAUGCGAGGAUUGAGGAACGAAACGCAGCAUUUCAGAUUGAGGAGAAAUCGGAAGGAUGUUUUCUCUGAAACGGCGCCUGUUGAGGAAAGGCCACUUCAAACUCGAAAAACCAUCGGCGACUCAACAAGAACAAUCGUGCGGGGUUGCGCAGGUUCGCUGGUCAGAGCUGGGGAAGGAAAUCCGACGAUUGUGAAAGAAGCCGCUGCGAACAGAAGUCUCGAAUUCGAGGAAGACAGUCCGUCAAAAACUCGCACCCUUGUCCGCGCUAGCAACAAAAUUCACACUCGUGGGAGGCGAAAAAUAAACAUAAUAAUACCUGAGCCAGAGGCAAAGCCGAAAUCGCCGGAAGUUACAUGUUGGGAAGACUUGCAGGAAGAAAGUGCCGAAUCCUCCUCGUCGACCUCUGAGUCCGAAACUGAGUCGGACGAUGAAGUCCUCGAGCAGCUGGUUCAAUCCACGAAGAACGCGAUGACUCUUCAGUCGUUCAUCAAAGAUGUCCACGCGAUCAUUCCUCCGCACAUUUUCAACCCUGACACAUACAGAACUUGA